GUAUCUUCAUCUUGUCAACCUAAAAAUAAAGGAGACUGCAAGCUAAAUUCACAGGUUCUCAAAAAUUCGUUUUACAACAAUAACUUUGCUAUAACUAUAAUACAAAAUGAUCAAAAUAUAAUAAAUAAUAUUCCUCAAUAGCAAUCUAAAUUGCUAAACUUCAAAGACAUCUAGUACUUUUUAGUUUGUUGAUUUAAUAAUUAUAAAUAAAUAAGACAACAUGAAUGAAUGGUGGAAAUUAUUGAAAAACAAUGAACGAAAUUGGAAGUGUCAAAUUUGUACAAAAUAUUUAUCCGUUUUUCCAAUAUAUCAACUUCCUUCUGACGAUAAGGAAUUUGUUUGUGGCAGAUGUUUAAGAAGAAGUAAUCAAGGUACCAGAAGUUUAAACAUAGAAACGAGUAAUUCACAAACCUUAUUUGAGAAUAUCGCUGGGUUUCUUGCAUUUCCAUGUUCUUAUGAUGUUUUUGGAUGUAAGGAAGAGCUUGAAGUCGCCAAAGUUGUAGCACAUGAGGGCUCUUGCCCUUUCAGAAAUGUUAAAUGUCCUCUUAAUAAAAUUCACCAAUCCCUUCUGUCACUUGAAGAAGUAUGCGAUUGGAAGGGUAGUAGCGAUGAUUUGGCUCUUCAUAUAAAAACAUAUCAUAAAAAUUAUUUUCGUGAAGCUCGACAAUUUUCCUUACAUGACAAUAAGACCUCAUUCUAUUUUAUUGAAGAUGGAGAUUAUAUAUUCAUGGUUUUAUUCAUAUACUUGCAACAUGUGAAUAAAUAUCUCGUUCCAGUUUAUUCUACUCUGAAUGAAAUUGAAUGUCGAUAUUUUCGAUACCAGCUGGACGUACGUACUGAUUCAAACUUUUCGGUUUCCUAUCGAAAAGAUUGGGUGGAAACCAUACCUGACCAAAUUUUAGAAGAAAGUUUUGAUAAAAAUGAUAUAAUAUUAGAUGUUACAUAUCUGAAUAAUUUCCUCAAAACAGAUCAUUUCAAUGUAGAAUUGCUGAUUAACAGAAAAAUAAAAAAAAAAACGAAAACUUUGAAGAUGAAGGUUCCACUUAAUUCUGGAACUGUUUUAUCAAGCAAUAAAUACAUUUUAGACGAAGAAAUACUUCAUAAAAUAGAAUGUAUGGUUUGUAAAGAUUAUAUGGUACCACCAAUAUAUUUAUGCAAAGCUGGACACAGUGUAUGUGAUUCUUGCACUAAAAUGAUACAAACAUGUCCCAGUUGUAGGGUUGAAAUGACAAGAAUUAGAAAUUAUCAAUUGGAAGACUUGGUGGAGAGCAUAGACUAUCAUUGUAGAAAUAAAAAAUUGGGAUGCAGCGUUCCAGUUCCACUGCGAGAGUUCAAGAGACAUGAGCAAAAUUGUGAAUACACCGCUAAAGAUUGUAUUAUUGGGUGUCCAUGGCAUGGGAACAAUAUUCAGAUGCUUUCUCAUUUGCGGAAGGAACAUGAACUGCUGGAUCUGGAUGAAGUAAUUAUUUUCAAUAUACGGUCUCAGAGGAGAAAAUUUCUCAAGAUUGUCAUUUACAAUGGUCAUAUAUUCGAAUUUGUUGUUAUCUACGGCAUUUCGUUUCCUUUUAUAUUCAGUUUACAUUGUUUGAGCUACCAUCUCAAAUAUAAGUAUGAAAUACAUCUUCUCGAUAAGUCUGAAAAUAAUCUCGAUAUGAUAGUGAAUAACUUAUGUCCUAUGCUAGACGUUACCUGCGAAAAAUAUAUCGAUGUGAUAGCAGAUGAUGUCAAAAUACCUUUUAAAUUGAUACAACAUUUAAUUGACGACAAUAGUGAGCUAUCUUUGAAACUGACGAUUACAAAUGUUAAAAAGUAGAAGAAACUGUGACUGGCUAUUGCUAUAGUCUUGUAUUUUGUUGUUGUAUUGAAUUUUGUGAAAACUUUUCAUUUAACUGUUUACAUUCUGUGAUUUAUUGUGUCUAAGCGUUUAUUUGUAACUAUAGAUGAACUUCUAUAUUAUUUUUAUAUGAAUUAAAGUUUUACAUAUAUUGCACAA